ACUUUAUCUUGAUGCCAUUUAUCAUGUCAAGAAAAUUAUCAUGGAAAGCCUUUACAGAAAUCAAAGAUAUUAUCCACAUGAAGUUGGCCGUGUUGCUAAUCUCCUCCUGGGAGGUGCUGUUUUAGAUAAAAGUUUCCAGCCCCACGAAUCACAUAUUCCUUAUCUUCUCCAGUUUUUGGUUGACUAUAACCUCUAUGGCAUGGGUCAGUUACAUUUAUCAAUGGUGAAGUUUCGCCAUCCAUUUCCUGAUGAGUUCAUUCCAAGGGCAGCUCAUUUUAAUGUGCAACACCGACAGGAAUCACAAAAGCCAUGUGCUUCUAUGCAUCUUCAGGCAGAUUCAAGUGGUGAUGCAUGUCUUGGUGCAUCAGUUUGGAUAUCUUCCACUAUUCCAAGUGGUUGGACAUGGCCAUAUUCCAUUGAGGUUGAUGCUUGGGAAGAUAAAGACAUGAACUGCAUUAAACGCCAAAGUUCCUGUGAGCUUGAGGGAGAUGCUACUAUCGAUGAGAUUCUAAACCAACAAUUUAAAGUGUAUUCAUCUCUUUCUCAGACUCGUUCAGAGGUUAAAAUGGUUCAGUCACUUAUACCUAUCUGGGAGGAGGAGUUUGAAAGAACAGGGAUGUGUCAAACCUCAAUGUCUCCUGAUCCAAGCAAACCACUUCCUGAAAAUGUUUUGAGAACUCUUUCGCAUGGGCUUGAAUUUGAAAACACUCUCCUAGAUCUUUGUGAGAAAGCAGAGAAUUUAGGACAAGAUAUUCUGUUGGAGGAGAGUGAAAAGUUUGUGCAGUCUAUUAAAUCCUUGGCAGAGGUGGGGAACGCAGUUGAAUCUCUGGAUCAGACAAGUCCCAAUAAUUCCAAGAAAGAAUCUUCAAAGUGUGAAAAGGAUGGAGAUACAACUGUAGGCCUGGCUCAGAUAUCACAAGGAUCUACCAGCAAAUAUGACAAUGAUGGCAUGCCUUCCUCGGAGGGGGAUGCAGGACCUGACGUAUUUCCAGUCAAUCAGAAAGCAUUGGCAUCUGAAAUGGCUGAAGUGUUAGAUGCGAAGGUAAUCUUUUGCUUUGUUUUUUCUGCCUUCCUGCUUGUCACUGCUUUAUUUCUUUGAGCAUGUUCUCAUUAUUGUUUGACUUUUAGUAGUUAUUUAAUCCAUGU